AUGCAGACGGCGCAUAAAAGCCACUCUCAGCUGGUUGUUGGUGCUUUCGCCAGAAUUAUCUCACUCUACUUCGACUACCCUGCGGAUUUAUUAAGUCCAAGGUCGACUCUGAAUCCUAGAUUCCUAAAGAUGACGAGGAUUGCACCAGGACGUCGCGAGGGAUUGCGUAAGGCCAUCCAUCGAUCGAUGACUCAUCGCAGAACGUUCCAGUCGAUGCAGACGGCGCAUAAAAGCCACUCUCAGCUGGUUGUUGGUGCUUUCGCUAGAAUUAUCUCACUCUACUUCGACUACCCUGCGGAUUUAUCAAGUCCAAGACCCUGA